GAGAGGGAGAGAGGGACAGAGAGGGAAGUGUGUGGUGUGUGUUAGCGGAGAUGCAGCUCGACUCUCAUCAGUAAUACUGAGUGUCGUAAAAAAGAAGAAAGAUGGACAGAAGGGUGACUGGAGGAAGAGGAGGGCUGAAGAAGAGCACACACAUCGUCCCCUGCUUUCUGUUUGUGGAGCUGGUCAUCAUGUCGGCCGUGGUAUUGUUGGCAUAUUACUUUGAGUACACCGACACAUUCCCCGUCCACCUGCGAGGCUUCUUCUGCUUCGACCGGACCUUCUCCCGCCCAUACCCGGGACCCGAGGAGGCCAGUCGAGCCCCGCCCGCACUCGUCUACUCGCUCGUCACCGCCAUUCCCACCAUCACCAUCCUGAUCGGUGAGGUAGCGGCGUUCUUCUCCAAGCCCGAGUCCCGUCAGGAGAAGACCAUCGUCACUGCAGACUGCUGUUAUUUCAGCCCCAUGCUGCGCCGCAUUGUCCGCUUCCUGGGCAUUUACUCCUUCGGUCUCUUUGUCACCACCAUCUUCGCCAAUGCUGGUCAGGUAGUCACAGGAAGUCAGACACCUCAUUUCCUGUCGGUGUGUCGCCCGAACUACACGGCGCUGGGCUGCCGGUCUCCGCUGCAGUACAUCAGUGAGAAGAGGGCGUGUCGGGGGAAUCCCUCCAUCAUCACCUCCGCCCGCAAGUCCUUCCCAUCUAAAGACACUGCACUGAGCACCUACUGCGCCGUGUACACCGCCAUGUACAUAACCUUGGCAUGUAAGACAAAAGGUACGCGUUUAGCCACACCUACUCUGAGUCUCGCCGUAAUCUCAUUGGCUAUCAUGGUGGGUGUGGUCAGAGUGACCGAGUACCGCAACCACUGGUCUGAUGUUCUGGCAGGUUUCGUCACAGGGGGUGCGAUUGCAAUGUUUCUGGUGACGUGUGUGAUUAAUAAUUUUCAACAGAAGUUGCGCCCUGCAUCUGUACCUGUCGUGCUCUCUCCACCUCCACCUCCUCCUCCACCUCCAUCUGAACUGCCCCCCCUCACUAUACCCAGCGUAGAGAGUCCACUCGAAAAGUUAAGUAAACUUCAGGUUUCAGGCACUUCGUUCUCAGGUGUCACAUGAUGAUCAGCGUUAUUUACUCUCCGCCCCUCCUGAUGUUCUCGUCCAAUCCCGUCGUCCCCUUACUAGUGCCGUGUAAUCCUCCACUCAUCUGUUACUCUACUUGUACAUAGCCCCGCCCAGUCCCCUCCUCCUCAUAUCAUAUUCAUGCAUAUUGUUAUUAAUUACAAGGUGACUCCCCUCCAACACCCCUCACCUUUACACUCACAGAAUCAGUAGUGCACUUUAUCUCACUGAGUUUCACUGAGUCUCACUGAGUCAACAUGCUAGUGCACUAAAGGUAGGCUAGUGCACUACAGAGCACAAGAUUUCAGAUGGGCCCUCAAUUAUGUGUUAGAACUAAAAUUAAGACUAGGGGGAGUGGACAGUGCGAGUGGACACGGGGAAUCAUGACAAACCGGAUUGUAACAGGCCAGAGCUGCUGUCUGUCACAGUCGCUGUACAUAUUUUUUAUUUAUAUAUUUUUUCUCCAUGUUACAUUUAAUUUUUAGUGUUUAUUCCUUUCCGUCUGUUUCCGUCUGAUACCGUGAACUUUGACCCCUCUAAAAGUGACUCUUGGUCUGUCACGUCAUUGUAAGCUAAGUGGUCAAAAACAAUAAAUCAUUGAAGCACAACUAAUUAAAUAACAUUAUUUCAGUUACAAUUAAAAUAAGUAAAUAAAAACUACUAAAAAAAUUUUUUAUAAACUAAAUGAAAAAUAUAUACAAUUUAUAUUGCAUAAAAAUUAUUAAUAUAAGAAUAAUUAAUUUCUAGCAAUGAUUGUGUAAUGGAUUAGUAUAAGAUGUGUAAGAAAAAAAGUCUAUUUUUUCGUAGAGAAAAAAACUUUCUUGUGUUCCUCUUACGGCUAAUCAUAAAAUAAAUCAAAAUGUUAAAAACUACUUUGAUAUCAAAUACAAAGUAGAUUACAUUCUGCAAAUGAUGUUUUAUUAUGAUAAAAUCAACAUAUAAAAAACUCAUUCAACUGAAAAACCUUUGAUAAUCACACUCUGUUUAUUACAUGAAAAAAAUAUGUUUCAUAAAAAUUAAUAUUUAAGGUAAAACUAAUCUAUGAGAAUACGAUCUAUCAAAAUGUGGAAAAUGUGUAUAUUUUUAUUUUAUUUAUUAUAAAAAAACUAACUUUCAGAACUUUUAACAACAGAUAGAAUUAGUUAAGUAAUAAAGAGGAAAUUAAACUAGACAGCUAGUGUAACAUCGCAGUGCUGUUAGAGGCCAAUAGAAUAAUAGUUAUUAUAAUUUCAUAAUCAUAAUAAUAAUACAUAAAAUAUACAGGGUAGAAUAGACUAGAGUAAUGUAAAUAGUAAAAACUGCAAAAUUUGAUAAAUCUGAUACAGUUAGGAAUGAACACACACUCCAUACUUAUGUAAUAUUUACUUUAGAGAUACACAGGAAGAGAACUAUAUUUAUAUUUCUAUAAAAGACCCAGCUGCAGUUUUAUAUUUGUGUGUGUGUGUGUGUAACGUCACUCCUUGUUUGUGUGUUUAUAUAUUUUAAUGUUAUUCAGGUUUAACACCUGGCUUUGACGUGCCACAUGUGGAAAUAUUUUGUGAUGUCAUCAUGUGUGUGUGGUUCAGCAUAAUAGAAAUGAUCAGUUUCAUGUUUCUUUAGACUGUUCAGGUUAGGUGCUGUUACUGUUUUUAUGUUGAUGAUGUGUAAUGUAGCGACAGUCCAUGGUUUUGUAAAUGUUGAAUAUAAAAAUAAAUACAUUUUACACAGUGUG